CUGUCGUCAAUGAUCAAGAAGAAGUAGCUGCAGAAGACCGAGUUGGAGAGAAUCUUCAGGCGGACCAGGAAGAAGACGCUGAAGCUGAACAAGUGGAUGUCGCUCACACUGAAGCCGAACAAGAAGAUGUUGAUCACGCAACUCCAAAGUUAAGGCUCAGCUUUCAAUGGUCAUUGGGGUUGGUCACUGAGAUCCCUCUUGAGAGAACAGGGGAAAAUGAAGGAAAAGCAAAGGGAGAGGCAUGGGGCCCAUUUCUUUCAGAGUCAGUGACCAUUGAAUGCUGAGCUUUAACAAAGGCUGAUGAACAAGAAACGGAAAAUGAAGGCGAUCACGAGGAACACGGGCAGCAAGUAGAGAAUCCUACAGAAGAAGAUACUACUUCUAAAGCUGCUGCUGCAGAAGAACAAAGCGCUGCCUCGUCCAAGCAACAUCAACAUCAAGACGACUCAGAUGAUGACGAAGAAGGAAGUGAGAUGGUAGCAGAGCAUCCCAUGCCUGCUGAUAACGAAGUAGACUGCUCUACUGAGGGAGGAAGAGCUUCGCCACCAGAAUCAGCGUCUGCUAAGGCGUCCAGCUAUGGUUCCAAGCCUACGGUUUGUGGACUCGAUUUCAAAUCCGCUCCACCUCUAAAGCGAGUUGGCAACAGGAAAAUUCGAGUUAUGGCCAAGCUCAUCCCCAUCUCGCUUCCUCCGCUUCUAUCGUCUACUAAAAGCAACACAUUAUAAAUAUUUCGAACAAGAACAUCAAGAUAGAAACAUGAUUCAUACUUCUUGUCCACAACAACCUCUUGUCUGUUAUUUUAGUUACAUCAUCUUUGUUGCUCGAAGAUGUGAAGAUCCUCUUCCCUUUUGCUUUUCCAAAAUGAUCUUCAAAAUUCGUAUUUAUAUCCUCAAUUUUUCUAAUCCCUGUGUCCCAGUCGGCGCCGUUCUUCCAGCAGCUGUGGCGAAAGCAGGAGCGGCCAAGGCUGGCGCACCUGUCAAGUCAUCAGACAAGUCGACAUCCAAGGACGCCUUACCGUUACCUCAAUCCAAAGCGAGUGGGCCUAAACCUGUUGCGGCUAAGGUUGCAGCACCCAUUCGACCUUUAAGUAGUGGUGGCGUGCCGCCCAAGGCUCAAGGCGGGAGUACGCAGAGUCAGAGGACACAACGCACUGUGUCUGGUGGGAAUGGAGGUGGCAUGCAGCAAGGAGGAUAUUUUGCCGGCUCCCAACAACAACAGCCAUAUGGCAAUCAAAUGCCGAACAACCAGCAUGGUGGUGUCCUCAUGCCUCCUGGAGGUAACAUGAUGUAUAACAACAACAACUACAACAACAUGGGACAAACUGGACCUGGUACACCGCAACAAAUGCAGCCUUGUUUUCAACAAAUGCAACACAACAACAUGGGAAAUAAUUACGGAGGCGGUAUGGCUCCACAGCAGCACAUGGGUAAUGGAAUGAACAACCAGGGUGCACAUAUGAUGAACCAGCAGAUGCAUAUGAACAACAACAGCAUGGCAGCUCGCAUGAUGCAACAAGGCAAUGUUAAGACUGACGAUAUUUGUAAUCCAUCAACAUGAUCAUCUAUCGAUCUCGUCCAGAGGCACGGAUAAUCUUUCUGACUGUCUCUCUGUUUUCCCCUUAGGUACUAUUGAGAGGAUGAAGAGCGUGAACGGAAGUAAAGAUUUGAUAGGUACAACACGUACAUGAUAACCACUGUCUAACGACUGUCAAUAGAUACUGACUUCCUCUAAUAAUGGCUAUGCGCAGCACAACAAUAUGGGUGGAGGGAAGCAAGGUAUGCCAAUUAUGCCACCACAUGGUCAGCAUGGUAGAGGUGGUAAAGGCGGCAGAAAAGGAGGCGGCAACGGAAGAGGCAAAGGAAACGGAAAUAUGGGCGGAGGACGUAUUAUUUUUAUUAUUUUUGGUUAAUACAUUUUUCAUCAAUCAAUUUCACUUUUUCAAUGGUAGUUAAACACGAUUCACGAUGUGGAACUCAUUGUAGUUAUGUCACAAUCCUGUUUCAACCGAAUAAACACCUUGAUGUCGACACUUGCCCAUUUUAAUGUUGCAUAGCUACUACAACCACGAUCUUCAGGUCAUCCAGGACCAAGUCUUGCGCGUGGACACUAUGUUGACCCCAAUAUCGAUGGUGUGCCGAUUAGCGCUCCCACUGGUACUUGAUUUUACUUUUCACAAUGUACGAGGACUCGACUGAGAACAAUUUGUUUGACUAGCCUUUGACAUCCAAUCAUCGGAUGUCACAUGAUCCACCACGUUCUUCACGUUUCCCAUCUUAUUCUUUUCGACAUCAAAUAAGUAGUCUAGAGUAAGGUAAUUAACGGGUUCUGGGUUGCUCGAGUUGGUGAGGUGAAGGGCUUCCAAUUCUGGAACGAGUUGCAACGAGUUGCCAGGAGAAGCCCGGCCCAUGAAAAUGGGCGACGCGGGGCGGUGUGGGCUCAGAAGUGCUUGCUCGGCAUACUGGGGGCCGUCUUCGGGACCUACUUCGCAAAAAAAGGCGGGGGGGGCGCUGCCUCCUUCUGUUUGGGAUCGAUGUUGCUGCGGGUGCAGAGUUUCGAGUCGGGGCCGGGUUUUCGCCCCGCUGUGUUGCGGGGUGAGUGAGGAGCUCUUGCCGGGUUGGGUUUGUGGCCGGCUUGCGGCUGAAGGAUGCGGCGACGAUAUAGAGGAAAACGCGGCGAAGGCUAAUGUGGGGGCGGGUAGCGGUGUGCUUGGUUUCACACACUGGUCGUGUGCAUCUGGGUGGGCUGGUGUGGUACAUGCCACACCCCCCAGGGUCCCCGCGUUGGGUUUUUUUGCAAGCAUCCGACUGCCCUCACUUGGUUGUCUCCCGUUGUGAAUGCCCCUCCUACCAAUCUGGUGGGGCGUUCUUGUUCUCUACUUCAUAACACCUCGGCAAGGGUGCGCCCGCAGGGCGCAGCGAGAAAAUUUUUCACGAGCAACCCGAGAAGCUGGACCCGAUAUGGGUCAAAAACAGCCUAAUCCUAAAAUGUGAAUAGAACUCCUUUACCUUGCAGGUGGUGGAGGGAGAAAUCGUGGUAUGAGCCGAAAGGGAGGAAAGGGCCGAAAGGGGGUGAAUAAGCCGCCUCAACGUGGUGCGCCAUAUUGA